AGACUCAGUGGGAACGAGCGAUAUACGGAAGACGCGACAGUUUGGAAUAUACUUUUUUUAUUCCCAUGCUUGUGAAGUGCGAAGUGGCGUCAUACGACUUGUGUAAAUAAUCGACUGGGGUUAUUGAUUACAUCACUUCUUCUCAUUGAAAUCUGAUUGACAGCAGAGGAGCCUCGAUGAGGAAACAGCGGAAGAAAUAACCCCAAGUCCCUUGUGGCGAGAGCAACAGCUCCUCUCUACCGGUCAUUGACGUUACAUGCUAGCGAAGCUGAGGAGGAAAGGGCAGUAACGGUACUCGCCUGAAGCGUGGACAGUGGACACAGUAGGUUUGUGAGACGGUGAAUCAUGAGAUUGACAGUUCCCCUUAGAGCUGUGGCUGUGCUGCUGUUGGUGGGGCUCACCUGGCUCUUAGUAAACACAUUAUUUGGAGGGGCGAGUGGUUCAUCUGUGCGGCAUUUCUUCAGCGGUGCAAGCGAGAAACCAACAGUUGCUGAAACCCGCCCUCGACGGUAUAAAUGUGGACUUUCAGCUCCCUGUCCCCCAAAACAUUUGGCGUUCCGCUUGGUGUCCGGUGCGGCCAAUGUCAUAGGGCCCAAGAUCUGCCUGGAGGACAAGAUGUUAAUGAGCAGUGUGAAGAACAAUGUUGGCAGAGGACUCAACAUAGCUUUGGUGAAUGGGGUAACUGGAGAGCUUUUGGAUACAAAGCCCUUUGAUAUGUGGGCAGGAGAUAUUUCCGACCUGUUGAAGUUUAUCCGGCCGCUCCAUGAAGGAACACUCGUGUUUGUGGCUUCCUUUGAUGACGCAGCGACAAAGAUGAACGACGAGUCUCGGCGACUGUUUGACGAUCUUGGGAGCACAGCAGUGAGGGAGCUGGCCUUUAGAGACAGCUGGGUGUUUGUUGGAGCCAAGGGCAUCGAGAACAAGAGUCCCUUUGAGCAGCGUAUGAAGAACAGUAAGAACAGCAACAAGUAUGAAGGCUGGCCUGAGUCUCUGGAGAUGGAUGGCUGUAUUCCUCUGCGGCCACCCCUGGAAGGAUAGCUCUGCCUGCUACUCUCUCGCACACAGUACAGUCACACCUGGGGUGGCAGCAGUGGCUCCAAAUGAAUAUUGAAAAAGACAGGAAAUGGCUGAAUGACAGAAAUCUCCCACAAUCUGGGCCCCAAACAUCAUUUGAUUUCCCCUCUUGUGGCAGAGGCAGGAGUUGACUGUAAGGAUUUUCUUGGGACUUAAUGUAUUUAAAAUUACUGUAACUUGUUAUAAAGGAUUUGUGCAUUAAGCUUUGUCAGCUAUUUUUGAGCAGACAUAAUAUUGUAGAAACAAGGAAAUUGUUUGUCAGGUGACGAGAAACUUGAUUGGCCAAAUGUUUGAUGACCAAAGUUGAUCGUUGACUAAUGAAUGAAUGCAGCUGGAGUAGGUCUUCCAAAGCCAUUGUAGGAAAUGGAAAUGUUUCCUCUCUGCAAGCCUGUCUGUCUGUAAGGUGUCAAUCUGCAGGCAAAAUACACACCUGACUGGAAACCCAAUCCAAGUCAACAUAAGUAAAACCUUUGAGGUACAGUAAUAGUUUAAAUGUCAGACCAAGCACCAGGUCUUUUGUCACUUUCUAAUCCGUUGAUAUACUUUCAUUGUGUUGAUACACAUUUCACUGAUAUUGUUAUGUCUAGUUUUAGCUGCCAUUGCUUCCUUAGAACUUGACACACUCCAGUUAUCGCUUGCUCCAUGUUUACAGGUCAUUUCCCUUUGAUGAAACUAUUUAUUUUUAUAUUUUUAGAAAAAGCACAAGAGAGUCAUGGUGUGGGUUCAUCGUAUCACUGCCCAUGGAUACAAUGUUGUAUAAGGCCUGCAAGCAAUCUUCCAAACCGAGUGCUUUGUUUAAAGAUUCAACCUGUGUGUGUGUGUGUGUGGUUGUGUAUGCUGUUGUUUAAUGUAUCUGCCUGACCUCUUGCAAGCCUAACAAUGAAGGAAAUAUAUAUAUAAACAAUUACAAUAUGUUACUGGAUGGUUAGAUGUUAAUUUUACCGGCCUUUGUUUAAUGUAACCUCAAAGUGUUUGUAUACACAGCCUCACCUUCAGUCUUUAUAAUGUGACAACAAUAAUCAUGAAUAAAACGCUCCGAAUGUU